AUGAUCUCCACACGGACAUACAGUGUGCGUAUGAAGCGCAGCACGCAGCGUCGGCAGGCAGCUAGGAAACGGACGCCGGGCGGUGUGUCCCGAGAGUCCUCUCAGCGGAGUCAGACCGGGAGACCGGUGGACGGUGACCGUCCGUCGCCCGCGCCCGCCGCCGCCGCCGCUGUGAGCCGGGAGGACGGAGCUGCUGCCGCCGCUGUGACCCAGGAGGACGGAGCUGCCGCCGGUGCUGAGGAUACCUCCGGCGUGGGACAGGACCAGCGGCAGGGAGCGGAGCCGCCCGAGGGUGCUGAGAGGAGUCCGCCGCGCAGCCCGCCGUCCGGCGAGGCGGUGGCCAUCGGCCUGAGUGGGAACGGUGAGACCGACGGACAGAUGGUGUAUUACUCCUGCAGGACGCCGUUCCACCAUCCGCACCAGCUGCACCAGCAGCUGCACCAACAGCUCCACCAGCAGCAGCACCAGCAGAAUUGCCAGUCCAAUCACCAACACCAUCGACAGCAGAACGGACGGCAGCAGCAGACGCAACAGUACAGGUAA